AUGUCCGCACUUUCGUCUGGGUUCAGGACCCGCAAGUUCUUUCUUAGUUUCGUCCCUGGCUUUGGUCGGCUAGCUGUGGUCGCGACGUAUAAUGACUUAAUCUUGUGCUGCCCAGAGGAUGGUCUUUCACGUGAUUACUACAUCUGUAAUCCAUACACCAAGCAAUGGGUUGCUCUUCCUCCAGCGCCAAGAGUUCAUCGAGCUGUAGCAAAAACGGGAUUCAUAUGCGACGGUGCCUACUAUAACUGCAAGGAGCUGGACGGUGAUCGUAUAACUAGUACAAAUGCUGGCAUCGAGCUUAAUUCUGAGUAUAGGUACAGAGUUGUGAACCGAAUUCGUCAGCGUGGACAGAAUCCCUUGCAGUUCAGGGUGGAGAUCUUCUCAUCGGAGACUGGUGAAUGGACACAGUCAGUUAUACAAUGCCCCCAAGACUUCCUUAACUUUGAUGACAUCAAUCCGGUAAUGCUUGCCUACAAAGGAAUGUUGUAUUGGUCUGCUAAUGGUGGAAUUCUUAUGGCGUUGGAUCCCUUCAACAACAACCCUAAGACCACUAGUACUAGUGGUAGUACUUGUGCUUAUAUUUUGAGAAUCAAUUCUGUCGUUUCACUGCAUUUGAUAAGCCUGCUUUUGCACCCGAAGACACUGAUAUAUGUCUUCAGUGUCUAA